AAGAGCUCUAAGAAUAAACAGGCACGGUGGUGGAUAGCAUUACCUCGGCCUCCAAGUCCCCUGCUUUCUGACCUACACGCAAUUAUAUCGGGAGGAAAUUUCCAUCAGGAUCCGUUCUUUCCAUCAAUCUGGGCUCAGGGCUCCUCUCUCCUUCGCUUUAGCCCUCUGUCAGAAGAGCACAUGCAGCCUCCAACCCCCUUUCUGCCUUGUUCACAAACAAGGAGCUGUGAAUCUGCAGUUUUUUAAUCCUGUGGCCUUUUUUGGGGGGGUGUGGGGUGAGGUAAAUUACAAGUUCACUGUAAUUUCGGUGAGGGGGAACUGAUUUUUCGAGGCCACAACAUCCAUGGGUACCCUAUGCAAACUGGAUUAACAGGGAAAAACAGUUUUAUUUCCACAGGAAGGAUAUCAGUACAAACAUUUUAACAUACAAGGGAUUACAGUCAUAGUCCUCGGUGCAUCAUGGCUGAGGUCUCGGCCGAAGUUGCAGAACCAGAACCAACAACCUCCACAAUCAACAGUAAGAAUGGGGAAGUGGUCUCACCCCUGUCUGAGGCACCUGCAAGCAAAGACCGGAAAGCUAUCUUCAGAUUAUGGUUGCCAUGGCUGCUGGUCCUUGUGGGCAUUCUUGCUUCUGUGGGUGCUGCUAUCAUCAUUUUUGAUGGAGUUGAUUAUAAAAGAUUCACAGGAGCACGGGUGCCCAUCAUCUUUGACAUCAAGGAGGCAGAGAGCCUCACAGGAGGAAUUUUUGCAAUGGAUUUUGAUCCCACAAAGGUUGUCAAUGAUGCGGUGGAGGAGAUAGCCGACUUGAAAACCUCAUUCCUGGCCAUUCUAUCCAAUGUGUUAAUGGAUGAAGAUGACUCACCCAAUGCAGUGAGGAAGAAAGGUGAAUUUCUUCCACCCCGGAGGCCAAUAGAAGGAGACUAUCUUCCUGCCAAGAAGAAAGAGCCUGAGGUUCCUAAAGAGGUCAAACCAGCUUCCGUAAAGAAAGAAACACCUGAGGUUCCCAAGGAGAAGCCAGCCCCUGCACAGAAAGAACUCGAGGUUCCUAAAAAAGAGCAUGUUGAGGAAAAACCUAAAAAGAAAGAGUCCGAGGUUCCUAAAGAGGUCAAACCUGCUCCCGCACAGAAAGUUCCCAAAGACAAGGUGAAGCCAGCCCCUGUACAGAAAGAGCCUGAAGUUCCUAAAGAGAGGGUCAGACCAGCUCCCAUAAAGAAAGAAACGCCCAAGGUUCCCAAAGACAAGGAGAAGCCAACCCCUGUACAGAAAGAACUUGAGGUUCCUAAAAAAGAGCAUAUUGAGGAAAAACCUAAAAAGAAAGAGUCCGAGGUUCCUAAAGAGGUCAAACCUGCUCCCUCGCAGAAAGAAACGCCUGAAGUUCCCAAAGACAAGGUGAAGCCAGCCCCUGUACAGAAAGAGCCUGAGGUUCCUAAAGAGAGGGUCAGACCUGCUCCCAUAAAGAAAGAAGCCCCUGAGGUUCCCAAAGACAAGGUGAAGCCAGCCCCUGUACAGAAAGAACACAACGUGUCAAAGGAAAAGCCUUGGUUUGUCCCUCCAAAGCGAGGGCCUUUUGUGAUGGAUCUUCUAAUUCAAGCAGCUAAAGCAGACAAAGAUGCCAAGGAUAAAUUAUCCAAAUCUGAGGUUUCCAAGGAGAAGGUUAAACCAGCUCCUGUACAGAAAGAAACACCUGAAGUUCCCAAAGACAAGAUGAAGCCAGCCCCUGUACAGAAAGAGCCUGAAGUUCCUAAAGAGAGGGUCAGACCAGCUCCCAUAAAGAAAGAAACGCCCAAGGUUCCCAAAGACAAGGAGAAGCCAACCCCUGUACAGAAAGAACUUGAGGUUCCUAAAAAAGAGCAUAUUGAGGAAAAACCUAAAAAGAAAGAGUCCGAGGUUCCUAAAGAGGUCAAACCUACUCCCUCGCAGAAAGAAACGCCUGACGUUCCCAAAGACAAGGUGAAGCCAGCCCCUGUACAGAAAGAGCCUGAGGUUCCUAAAGAGAGGGUCAGACCUGCUCCCAUAAAGAAAGAAGCCCCUGAGGUUCCCAAAGACAAGGUGAAGCCAGCCCCUGUACAGAAAGAACACAACGUGUCAAAGGAAAAGCCUUGGUUUGUCCCUCCAAAGCGAGGGCCUUUUGUGAUGGAUCUUCUAAUUCAAGCAGCUAAAGCAGACAAAGAUGCCAAGGAUAAAUUAUCCAAAUCUGAGGUUUCCAAGGAGAAGGUUAAACCAGCUCCUGUACAGAAAGAACGUGAGGUUCAAAAAGAAGUUAAACCCACACCUGCAAAGAAAGAACCUCGGGUUGCGAAAGAGAAAGUUAAACCAGCACCCGUAAAGGAAGAACCUGAGGUUCCAAAAGAGAAAGUUAAGGAAGCUCCUGUAAUGAGAGAACGUGAGGUUUCAAAAGAAGUUCUCAAAUCAGCACCGGUAAAGAAAGAACCUGAGGUUCCAAAAGAAAAAGUUAAACCAGCAACUGUAAAGAAAGAACCAGAGGUUCCGAAAGAGAAAGUUAAAACAGCUCCUGUAAAGAAAGAACCUGAGGUUUCAAAAGAGAAAUUCAAACCAGCUCCCGUAAAGAAAGAACGUGAGGCUCCGAAAGAAAAACCUGUACCUGUAAAGAAAGAAGCUGUGAUUUCAAAAGAGAAAGUUAAACCAGCUACUGUAAAGAAAGAACCUGAGGUCCCUAAAGAGGAAGUUAAAGCAGCUCCUGUGAAGAGAGAAUCUGAGGUUACAAAGGAGAAGGCCAAACCAGAUCAUGCAAAGAAAGGACCUGAGGUUCCAAAGGAGAAAGUUAAACCAGCCACUGCGAAGAAAGAAUCUGAAGUUCAAAAAGAAAAAGUAAAAAAAGUUCCUAUAAAGAGAGAACCUGAGGUUUUAAAAGAGAAAGUUGAACCAGCUACUGUGAAGAAAGAACCUGAGGUUCCAAAAGAGCAAGUCAAACCAGCUCCUGUAAAGAGAGAACCUAAAGUUCAAAGAGAAAAAGUUACACCAGCUCUUGUAAAGAAAGAACCUGAGGUUCAAAAAGAGAAAGUAAGACCAGCUCCUGUUAAGAGAGAACCUGACGUUCCAAAAGCAAAAGUUAAACCAGCUCCUGUAAAAAGAGAACCUGAGUUUCUAAAAAAGAAAGUUGAAUCAGCUACUGUAAAUAAAGAACUUGAGGUUGCAAAAGAGAAAGUCAAACCAGUUCCUGUAAAGAGAGAACUUGAGGUUCUAAAGAAGAAAGUUGAACCAGCUACUGUAAAGAAAGAACCUGAAGUUCAAAAAGAAAAAGUUACACCUGCUCCUGUAAAGAAAGAACCUGAAGUUCAAAUAGAAAAAGUUACACCAGCUUCUGUAAAGAAAGAACUUGAGGUUCCAAAAGAGAAAGUCAAACCAGCUCCUGUAAAGAGAGAACCUGAGGCUCUAAAGAAGAAAGUUGAACCAGCUACUGUAAAGAAAGAACCUGAAGUUCAAAUAGAAAAAGUUACACCAGCUUCUGUAAAGAAAGAACCUGAGGUUCUAAAAAAGAAAGUUGAACUGGCUACUGUAAAGAAAGAACCCGAGGUUCCAAAAGAGAAAGUCAAACCAGCUCCUGUAAAGAGAGGUACUGAUACAGAUGUUACACCAGCUUCUGUAAAGAAAGAACAUGAGGUUCCAAAAGAGAAAGUCAAACCAGCUCCUGUAAAGAGAGAACCUGAGGUUCUAAAAAAGAAAGUUGAACCAGCUACUGUAAGGAAAGAACCUGAAGUUCAAAAAGAAAAAGUUACACCAGCUCUUGUAAAGAAAGAACCUGCAGUUCAAAAAGAAAAAGUUAAACCAGCUUCUUUAAAGAAAGAACAUGAGGUUCCAAAAGAGAAAGUCAAACCAGCUCCUGUAAAGAGAGAACCUGAGGUUCUAAAAAAGAAAGUUGAACCAGCUAUUAUAAAGAAAGAACCUGAAGUUCAAAAAGAAAAAGUUACACCAGCUCUUGUAAAGAAAGAACCUGCAGUUCAAAAAGAAAAAGUUAAACCAGCUUCUUUUAAGAAAGAACUUGAGGUUCCAAAAGAGAAAGUCAAACCAGCUCCCGUCAAGAGAGAACCUGAGGUUCUAAAAAAGAAAGUUGAACCAGCUAUUAUAAAGAAAGAAACUGAAGUUCAAAGAGAAAAAGUUACACCAGUUCUUUUUAAGAAGGAACCUGAGGUUCCAAAAGCAAAAGUUAAACCAGCUUCUGUAAAGAAAGAACAUGAGGUUCCAAAAGAGAAAGUCAAACCAGCUCCUGUCAAGAGAGAAUCUGAAGUCCAAAGAGAAAAAGUUACACCAGUUCUUUUUAAGAAGGAAUCUGACGUUCAAAAAGCAAAAGUUAAACCAGCUCCUGUAAAAAGAGAACCUGAGGUUCUAAAGAAGAAAGUUGAGCCAGCUACUGUAAAGAAAGAACUUGCAGCUCAAAAAGAAAGAGUAAAACCAGCUCCCAUAAAGAGAGAGUUUGAGGUUCCAAAAGAAGUAGUUAAACCAGCAUCUGUAAAGAAAGAACCUGCGGUUAUAAAAGCGAAAGUUACACCAGCUACUGUAAAGAAAGGAUUUUCUGUUUCAGAGCGUGAGGUACCGAAAGAAGUUAAACCUGCAUCUGUAAAGAAAGAAACGGAGGUUCCAAAAGAGAAAGUUGAACCAGCCACUGUAAAGAAAGAACCUGAAGUUCCAAAAGAAACAGUCAAACCAGCUCCUAUAAAGAAAGAAACUGAGGUUCCAAAAGAAAAGGUCAAACUGGCUACUGUAAAGACAGAAUCAGAAGCUCAAAAAGAAAAAAUUAAACAAGCUCCUGUAAAGAAAGAACAUGAGAUUUCGAAAAAGAAAGUUAAACCAGCAGCUGUAAAGAAAGAACCUGAGGUUCCGGAAGAGAAAAUCAAACCAGCUUCUGUUAAGAAAGAGCAUGAGGUUCUGAAAGAAGUUAAACCAGCUCUUGUAAAGAAAGAACCUGUGGUUCCAAAAGAGAAAGUAAAACCAGCUACUGUAAAGAAAGAGCCUGAGGUUACAAAAGAAAAAGUAAAACCAGCUCAUGCCAAGAAAGAGCCUGAGGUCACCAAAGAGAAGGCCAAACCUGCCCCUAAGAAGAAAGUACCUCAGGUUCCCAAAGAGAAGGCUAAACCUGUUCCUGUAGAAAAAGAAGCUGCAGUACCCAUAAUAAAAGCCAAAUCUCAUGUAAAGACAGAGCCUAGAGAAAAGGUUAAACCAAUGUCUAUAAAGAAAGAGCCUGUGGUUUCUGAAGAGAAAGUCAAACCAGCCACUGCAAAGAGAGAACCUGAGGUUAUGAAAGCGAAAGCCAAACCUGCUCCAGUGGAGAAAGAACAUUCAGUUCCAAAAGAGAAAGUGAAACCAGCUCCUGUAAAGAAAGCACCUGAGGUUGCCAAAGAGAAGGCCAAACCUGCUCCUGUAAAGAAAGAGCCUGUGACAUCCAAAGAGAAGGUGAAACCAGCACCUGUGAAAAAAGAACCUGAGGUUCAAAAACAGAAAAUUAAACCAGCAACUGUAAAGAAAGAACCGGAGGUUCCGAAAGAGAAAGUCAAGCCAGCAUCUGUUAAGAAAGAAAUGAAGGCCAAACCAGCUUCUGUAAAGAAAGAAGACAAACUGAGGGAAAUCCCACUACCUCAACAUGUUGAGGGUAAGCCUGAUGAAAAGAAAACACCUACAGGGGAGAAAAUGAAAGAAGAAGAGCCUGAGCCAGAAAUGAAGGAGAACAUAAAUGAUGACUUUGAUGACCAGAUGUCCUACUUCCAUUGCGUGUUUGUGGAUGAAGAGAGUGGCCAGUACCCCUUGUUCCCCUUCACGCCGAUGCAGAAUCCGUUUGUGUGGACUGGCCCCUGACAGUGAGGACCACCAGAGCCAAAUGGCACUAGGGCAGCGCACACAUUAUGAUGAGAUAAUUUUGCAUGGCAAACCUCACUUGGGCAGCUGAGUCCACUAUUGUGAUCUAGCAGGACCACUAGUAACCCCAAAUGUCUGCGGCAUACAAGAUGGCCAGGGACUAACAGGAUGGACCGUUCUUUUUUAUUUUUUUCUGAAACAGGGAGAUCUCUCGUGGAAUAAAAAGUCCCCCAAGUAGCUUCA